CACUUCAAUGUAUGGUGCAAUUCUUGAUCAAAUGAUAUUUGAACACUAUGUUCAAAGUAAAAUGGCAAUACUUUAUGGCCAUUUCCAGAAAGUUGAUAUUCAACUAUCAGUUGCUUGCCUACCUUGGUUUCUCAGUCUUUACAUUAAUUCUAUGCCUCUUAUGUUUGCUUUCCGAGUUCUUGAUUGUUUCUUUAUGGAAGCUAUUCUUAAGAUAAACGGAAAUGAACUCAUGGAAGUUUCCGAUGAUGGUGCAUUCAUUAAUACACUUAAAAAGUAUUUUUCAUCAUUAGAUGAAGCAGUACACCCAGAAACCACAAAUCCGAAAUUAAAAGAAAUAACUAAAUUUGACGAAUUAAUGCAUGUAGCUUUUAAGGAAUUUUCAAGUAUUACAACUCAAAGUGUACUUGAACUUCGAAAUACUUUUCAACUUAAAGUAGUUCAUAAUAUAGAAAGUUUUACAAAACGUGAUAUAAUAAGAAAUCUUCAAGAUACUUUAAAAUUUUCAAAAGAAGAUAUUUCCGUAAUUUAUGAUAAAUAUUAUACUGCUCAAUUUUAUGGUAAACAAAAAAGUGCUCGUAAUGAUUCUAGAAUGGAUUUAACUACUUUUUAUCGAUUUUUGGGAAGUAUUGCUAAUUGGGCAAAAUUAGAAGAUGAUGAAUUGAAUAAUAAUGAAAAUGGUGAACCAAGAGAUAAUCAAGGACGUAGAAUCGUUGGAUAUAAAAUAAUUGAUAGAUUAUUUAAUCAUUUUGAUAAAUCCUCAUCUGGUGGAAUUACUCUUCAAGAUGUUGUUACAGGACUUGGGGAAAUUAAAUUUG